CCAAAUAGGUAUCUAGCUAACAUUUUGUGUAAUCGCUUUUGAAUUCUGUGAGAGGCUAAAAUGAUGCAUAUAGCAAGCAAUGCGGCCACCAAGGUGGCAUCAGUUGUGCAUCACAUUGAGGAGGAGAUUAUAGGGCUCUUCACCAUGACUGAUGAGAAGAUCACGGAUCAUAUUUAUGACACCCAUGCUCACGGUGAAGAGACCUUCGAUGAUGAUUCUCUUUUCAUCAUCGUCGAAAACAUCCUCAAACCUGCAACCCAAAUUGUUGACAAAAUUGUGCAGGGCAGCCAAGUACACGUGGAGACCUUCAACGAGAAGACCCCUAAACCCAACUUCAGUGUUCCCUUGUGCACCCUUAAGCAGAUUGGCUGCGAGCUGUCAUGCAAGACUCCUAGUGAGGAUGUUGCACACAAAACAACUCUGUCAAUACUUUAAAAGCUAUCAACCUAUCAAUGGGAAGCCAAAGCGGUGCUCACUCUGGCUGCUUUUGCCUUGGAAUAUGGCGAUUUCUGGUUCCUUGCUCAGAAUCAACACUCGGACCAGCUUGCCAAGUCUUUGGGAAUCCUGAAGAGAGUGCCUGUCCUGACUAAGCCUGUCGUGCUUCAGAAACGCAGGCAACCAAUUCUUGAACUAAACAAUCUCAUCAAGGCCACACUUCAGGUUAUGGAAAUCAUCGACCAGUUCGACAAGCUCUCGAUUUAUGAUCCAAAAGAGAUACCUGGGCUGUCUGUAGCACUAGACCAUAUCCCAGUUGACGUCUACUGGUCAAUUGUAGCGGUGGUUGCUUGCUCAACUAAGCUCACUCUUCUCACUAGUGAUGAAGACCAUCCAUAUGAUUUGGCACCCUAUUCACAGAAGAUUCACUACAUACUCAACAAACUUAAGAUCCAGCUUGUUGUUUGCAGAAGACAAGUAGAGGAAAGAGAGACUUACUUGAGGCUCAAGAAAAUUUUUCAGACCCCAACUGAAGUGAUGGAAAUCUUCAAGGCCCUGACAUUUACCAGGGCUAAGCCGCAGCCCCUUAUUGAUGGUUCAACUAACAAACAGGUUAGCAUUGAAGUGCUGAGGAAGAAGAACAUAUUUUUGUUCAUCUCGACUCUCGAAAUCACAGAGGAAGAUAUUUCAGAUCUCAAACCAGUUUAUGAAGGAACAAAGAAAGAUGAUAAUUACAAGAUUGUUUGGAUCCCCGUGGUCGAGAGCUGGACCCUUGAACUUCAAAAGAAAUUUGAGAUCCUGAGGUCUAAAAUGCCAUGGUUCACAGUCCAAUCCCUAUCAGCCACAGUAGGCAUCAAGUUCAUUAAGGAAGAGUGGAAUUUCAAGGGAAAGCCUUCACUGGUUGUGAUGAACCAUCAAGGAAGGAUCGAAAACACCAAUGCCCUCCACCUUGUCAAGCUCUGGGGAACUAAGGCCUUUCCUUUCAAUAAGGCUGCUGAGGAAGCCAUAUCCAAAAAAAGGACUUGGUUUCAAACUGUAGUGGUCAAAAUUGACACUACCAUUUCAGAUAAAAUGAUCAGAGCACAUCCUAAUGGUGAAAAUUACAUUUUCUUCUAUGGUGGUAAAGACAACGAGUGGGUGAAAAAUUUUGCAAUCAAAGCAACUGCCUUUGCAAACGAUCCCAUCUUCAAGGAAGCAAAGACUGGCAUCGAGCUGUUCUGUGUUGGAAAGAGUCCCAAAGGAGGAGAAGACCAUGGAAUUCUUGGUCGGUUCUGGGAUGGUAUAGAGAGCUUGUUCUUCACCAAAGCUCAUAAGCAGGUUGACCCUGUUACACAAGAAAUCCAGAAGCUGCUUUCCUACAAGAACGAAAACGGUUGGGCUCUGCUUACAAAAGGUCCUCAUGUUGUGACUGCUGGUCAUGGAUUCACAAUGCUGAGGAUUGUGGAGGAGUUUGAGAAAUGGAAGGAGGUUAUUCGCGUGAAGGGGUUCGAAAUCGCUUUCAGAGAGUACCAUGAAAAGCUUAUCCAAUCCGUUCGCCAUUGCUGUCGCCUUGACAUCCCGAGUGUGAUUGGAAAAGUACCAGAGAGAAUGCAAUGCCCUGAGUGUCCAAGAACCAUGGAGUCCUUCAUCAGUUACAAGUGCUGCCACAUUGAUGGUCCAAUUGCAUAUCACUAACGAAACUUGGCUCUCUCUCUUUUCAAUUAGUAUCCAAUAUCUAUCAGAGACUGUUUCUAAUUUAUGGAUUUUGGUGCUUAAUUAUUAUGCUAUAGUAUUGGUGUGUACUAAAUAAAGGGCAUGAUUUACAUGUUUCUAUGGAAAUCUGAAGCCUCCAAAACAAAUAUGUAUUGGAAGAGUCAGCCUAUGUGCUGUCCUAAAUAAAAUUAGUAAAUAAAUGACAUCUUUCCAUUAUGAUGGAAGUUUGAUGCCUCUCUACUAGUGAUUGUACUGUGUGUACCAUUUUUCCAGCAAAUAAAGAAUGAAUUAGCGUCC